AGUUUAGAGAGGGAGACUUUUCUACUGAACAAAGAAUCUCCAACCAAACUCAGUCUCUCCAGAGAUCAGUCUCUCCAGUUCCCAGUCAUCUGUCCAUGAAGAGUGACUUCUCUAUGCAUCAUCCUAUACAUUUUAGUGAUGGAUCAGGGACCUUUGACCCCAGUGGAUGGUCUACUCUGCCAGAGGAUCAGUCCAGGUGUGCAGUGUGUGAGCAGGUUCUGAGGGAUCCAGUCUCUAUCACCUGUGGACACAGGUUCUGCAGACAGUGCAUCACCAGAUACUGGGAGAAACCUGCUCCUUCAGGAGACUAUGACUGUCCUCAGUGUAGAAAGAGAUCCAGGACACGUCCUCUACUACAGCACCUGACUGAACCCAAUGAUGCAAGAGGCUCUGUAAACCAUAAAGACAGUCUGAUAAGGAGGUAUGAAUGUGUGAUAGAAGGCAUCGAAACAGCAGGGAACCAAACUCCCCUCAACAGGAUUUACACAGAGCUCUACAUCACAGAAGGAGAGAGUGAAGGGGUUAACAAUGAACAUGAGGUGUGGCAGCUAGAGACAGCAUCCAGGACGCCAACCUCACAUGACACAGCAAUCCACUGCAAUGACAUCUUUAAACCCUUACCUGGCCAAGAGAGAAGCAUCAGAACUGUGCUGACGAAGGGCAUCGCUGGCAUCGGAAAAACUGUCUCUGUGCAGAAGUUCAUCCUAGACUGGGCUGAAGGGAAGGCAAACCAAGAUGUGGAGAUCAUAUUUGUGCUUCCUUUCCGGGAGCUGAACUUGAUCAAAGAUCUCCAGUACAGUCUUCUCAGACUUUUAAAUGACUUCCACACAGAACUAGACAUAGACAAUGCAGAGAAACUCACUGCCUGUAAAGCUAUGUUCAUCUUUGAUGGUUUGGAUGAAAGCAGACUUCCAUUGGAUUUCCAGCACAAUGAAAAGGUGUCUGAUGUCACCCAGACAUCAUCUGUUGAUGUUCUGCUGACAAACCUCAUCAAGGGGAAUCUGCUUCCCUCUGCUCUCCUAUGGAUAACCUCCCGACCAGCAGCAACCAAUCAGAUCCCCCCUAAGUGUGUUGACCAGGUGACAGAGGUACGAGGGUUCAAUGACCCACAGAAGGAGGAGUACUUCAGGAAGAGAUUCAGUGAUGAGGACCUGGCCAGCAGAAUCAUCUCACACAUAAAGACAUCAAGGAGCCUCCACAUCAUGUGCCACAUUCCAGUCUUCUGUUGGAUUUCUGCAAUAGUUCUUGAAUACAUGUUGAGUACAGACAAGAGGAGAGAGAUGCCCACGACUCUGACUGAGAUGUCCAUACACUUCCUGCUCAUUCAGACCAGCCUGAAGAACCAGAAGUAUCAUGGAAGAGAUGAGAUGGAUCAAGAGGAGCUCAUGGAGUCAGAUAAGGAAGUUCUUCUGAAGCUGGGGAAGCUGGCGUUUGAAAAUCUGGAGAAGGGUAAUCUCAUGUUCUAUGAAGAAGACCUGAAAGAGUGUGGCAUUGAUGUCAAAGAAGCCUCAGUGUACUCAGGAGUGUGCACACAAAUCUUUAAAGAAGAGUCUGUGUUAUUUCAGAGAGUGGUGUACUGCUUUGUUCAUCUGAGCAUUCAGGAGUUUCUCUCAGCUGUCUACAUGUACCAUUGUUACACAACCAAGAACAUGGAUGCACUGAAGCCCUUCCUCAAGAGAAAGUCUAGAGCCGCGUCUGAAGAGCUAACCUUGGAUGAGCUGCUGAAGAGUACCGUGGAUAAAGCCUUGGAGAGUAAGAAUGGACACCUGGACCUUUUUGUCCGCUUCCUUCAUGGCAUGUCACUGGAGUCCAAUCAGAAACUCCUACGAGGUCUGGUGACACAGACAGAAAGCAGUCCAGAGAGGGUCCAGAAAACAAUCCGAUCACUUAAGGUGAUGCAGAGGAAGAACAUCUCCCCUGAGAGGUGCAUCAAUCUCUUCCACUGUCUGAUAGAGAUGAAAGACCAUUCAGUACAGGAGGAAAUCCAAGCGUACUUGAGGUCAGAGAAGAGAUCCAAAAACCUCUCCCUUGCUCACUGCUCAGCGCUGGCCUACAUGCUGCAGAUAUCAGAGGAGGUUCUGGAGGUGUUUAACCUGAAGGAAUACAAGACAUCAGAGGAGGGUCGUAGGAGACUGCUCCCAGCUGUGAGAGGCUGCAGGAAAGCUCUGUAA